AUGAAAGCAAUAUAUUCUGUGUUUGUUUACAUAUCGUUAGCAAUUGCAUUAUGUUCAACCAAUGUUUCCACGUUCUGUGGAAACGAUGAACAGAUCGAAGAUUUACAAAGAGCGUUAAUAACACAGGAAUUAAAUGUCAUGACACUGACAACAAUAAACGCAGUUCAAUACAUGUCCAGUCGGUUUGCUUUGUAUUUGAAAGGAAUAUUUGAAGAAAUGGAAAAUUCAUUGAAUACGAAUCAUAUAGACUACAGACAGUGUUCAGAAAUUUUGGAAAAUAUUCUAACAGCAAACAAAAUCGUCCAGUCAACUAGUUUUGGGUGGUCUCUUGUGUCAAUGUUACCGGUUGUUGGUUUGGCACUUUUACCUUCGAGGUUAGCUACUUCGGUAUCUUCUAUGUUACUUAUAAGAGAAAGAUUAGCAAGUUGGCAAAAUGCCGGUUGCCAAUAUGCUACAAAAAGAGAUUGUAAUUUCUGA